UGGUAUCAAGGUGAGCAGAUGCAUUUGCUGACAUAGGUACACUUUAACUCAUUGAACUGCCGAAGUGGUACAAUUUCUAUCUCUGUUGGAUUUGAAAAGUUCAGAAUCGGCAGCAAACCAGCAACACUGGCAGGGUUGGGGCUGUGUGCAAGUGGCUUAACACCACUCGUAUAUACCAUCAAUGCCAAACUAUGCGCAGAAAGUUUCACCAACUUCCGAAAGCUGCAAACCGCGACACAGAAAAAUACCCACGCAAGCAACUACUCGCUACUGUGGGGAGAAUAUGGAAAGCUAUUGUAAUUAAGCUCUGCGUGGCGUUCAAUGUUGUAUGCCUACUGAAAUGGCUGGCUGUGGCUCGAUGGCUGGCUGGUUGUUUGGUUGUUUGGCUGCCACCGAUCGCCGUCAUCGAGGCCAACGCCAACAAAGAGAAGAAAAAACACCGCAACAAAGCAGAGUAUACGCGUUUCAAUUGCGACUUCAUGCGACAGGACUCAACUUUUAAAAUGGCGCAACAAUGUCCUGCUUCUGUAGAUGUGACCGAUAUUCAAUUUAAACUACAAUGCAAGCAUAAAGUUUUUGCCGAAAAUUCCAAGUUACGAGACCACGUUAACUUAUUGGCCUGCGCUAGCAAUCAUGGACUGCUGUUUGUUGGAAACCCAAAUGCUCCGGAACUGCAUGCGUUCAUUCUACCCGACGUCAUAUAUGCUAAAUCAAAGGGUCUUCCUGUACACCUGCGAACUACUAAAUUACCUAAUGCACCCAAUACGCUGGCAUGCAGUGCAGAUGGAUCGAUGUUGGCAGUAAAUUAUACUCUACAAGGUUAUGCGGUUUUGGAUAUAUUUCAUGUUCCGUCAUUUUCUGCUUCUGAUAUUAAAACUUUGUACAGCAUACGUUUACCCGAUCAGAAUGUAUACGCUUUGCAUUUGCUAUGGAACCCAGUGCUGCCGUCAGUGGUUGGCGUAGUCCUUAGUAAUGGUAAUUUCGCUCUUUACACACUUAAAGAUGGUGGCGCAAUUGAGAUGCGAUCAAUUACAAAUCAACAAAUACAAUGCGGUUGCUGGUCGCCGAAGGGAAAGCAAAUCGUUCUCGGUCAUCCCAAUGGAAAGUUGCAACAGUUCAAACCUGACCUCACACCAGUAAAAAGUAUAGUGUGCCCACCAGGUGUACAUCCUGGUCCUUUCGAUACCAUUGCAUUGCACUGGUUAUCCACCUUUCAGUUUGUUGUAAGUUUCUUACAACAAGGGCAGGAAGCAAUGCCGAAUAUGUACAUUGUUAAUGCGCCGAAAGGUGGAACGCCUGUCUAUAUAAAUUACAAUGAUGUAUGCUAUAGUGGGUCUGAACCAAGGAGACAACAAGUUAAUUUCUUGCAUAUUGCGCAGUGGAAUUUGUUAUUGGUAACUUCCGCAAAUGGAGUUGAAAUAGGGCUCUUGGGCACCAAAGAAAACACAGAGCAGCCACAAUGGGUGCAUUAUAUGCUACUAGAUGAAGCACGCAUUGAAAUGCCACUUACUGAGGCCAGCGAUGAGACAUAUCCCAUUGGGUUAACAUUGGAUACAUCCCCGAAUCAUCAGUUAACAGUGGGAGAGCAAAAAUUACAAACCAUGCCCGUUAUCCACGUGCUUACAACACACGGUCAUCUGUUGUGUUUUAACUUUUUGAAUUUGACAGCUAACGCUACUAAUAUUUGUUCGCCACCGGCACCAAUUAAUUAUGCAAUGGAAAAAUUUAGUACUUUAGAUGAAAGUUUAACGAGGGUUAAUGUUUCUAAGAAAGUAGAAAAUGAACGUCAAGAUUUAGAAUUACCAUCAAUUGAUCCACCACCACCUACUCCAACACAAGCGUUUAGCGUUUCAACGCAAAGCAAUUUCAGCAAUCAAAAUACAUUUGCUUUUGGCGCGCCAGGAAACCAGAAUUUAUUUUCGGGUGGUUGGGACCAAAAGUCUCAAGGUGUUAAAUUCGGAGUGGCCACUACUAAUAAUGAAUCGCAAUCUAAUUUGUUAAACAAACCAUUGGUGCAAACUGCACCCAUUGCUAACAAUGCGCAAAUAAAAACUACACAACCAGCAGAAAUUUUCAAGCCUCUAUAUACUGUCUCGCCAGAGUUUGCGCCACCACCAAUUCAAGCACAGCAGCAGUCUCAACAGAAUUCAGUUCAAAUUGACACAGCUGGAAAAUCAAAAGCACAAAUGUUGAAUUUAAACGAAACGAAUAGUGUAAUACAACAAAUGAUAGUAAUGCAAAUGAUGGCGUUUGAAAAAGAAAUAACGCAACUUGGUCAAAAGUCAAAACUCGCACUAAAUGAAGAUCCAAGUGUUAUGAGGAGUUAUAGUAAACGUCUAAUAAAUCUACAAGAAAUCAUUGAACAAGCAAAUGAACGUGACUUUGUGAUGGAUGUUCAAGAUCUUCGACAUUCACUAACGGAAUCAUAUGAAAUGCUAAACGAGUGUCGUACUAAAUUGGAAAUGCAUAAAAAUCCAGAUGAAGCUGGUUUUAAAUAUUUAUCAUUAUAUGACUGCGUAAGUCAACGUCAAUUGAAGAGUCUACAAGGCUAUCUUGCCAUUAAUCAAGGUAUAAUGAAACGCCUUGAAGAACAAAUGGACAUACAGUGGACUUAUUAUCAGGACUUGGUGCGACGUAAUUCCAAGUCUCAAAUGCGCAUACCAUGCCUAGAUGGCAUCUAUCAACAAAUGACUAAAUUGAAAAACUUAAUAACACAGCAGCAGACGAAAUUGCAUUAUAUAAAAUCGACUAUCAAGCAAAAAAACUUGGGCAGUGGCAGGGUGAGCAAAAGUACAUUGAAUACGCUGGAGAUGAAAUCAGAUNACUGCCCGUCUCCACAGGAUAAAGUUUAUAUCUUGAUACAUAUGUGGCAGCUCUCAUAA